UGCCCACUUCAAAAUACAACCAUAAAUACACACACAGCAUUUGUAUCUAUAAUCACGCAUAUCCCACUUGUACCCUUAUCCAAUCAAUCACGCCUUUAAAUCCUCCUCAUCUCUCACUUUAACCUAAAGCAAAGAUAAGCAUCAUUCAUUCUAUCUUCAUACAAAGUCAAAAAACUUGAGUUUGGUUUCAAAUCUCCAAGGCUCAACAGUUGAUUACUUUGGGUUCAAGAUUAUAUAUCUAAGAGAAGAUCGUUCAUUCAUACCUUCAUAGCAUGAUGGUGAUGCAGAUGGGUUCUUCUUCAUUAGAUCAAGAAAACAAGAUCGGGUUCAUGGGUUAUAAUGAUCAAGAAGAUGAUUCGUUUUCAUCGGAUGUUUCGAGUGUUGCGUCUUCAGAUGAUGAAUCUGAUGAUGCCUUUGAAGAAAGCAAUUCUUCCUUGGAUAACAACAGUCAUGCGUUAGGAAGCAUGUCUGAUCUGCUUCAACAACUUCCUUCCAAGAGAGGAUUAUCCAAGCACUUUCAAGGGAAAUCACAAUCCUUCACAUCUUUAUCAAAAGUGACAUGUUUAGAAGAUCUUGCAAAGCCAGAAAACCCUUACAACAAGAAGAUAAAAUCAUGCAAAAGUUACGCGGUAUUAUCAAGAUCACUUCUUCCACCUCCAACACGAAGUGCAUCUUCUUCAAAGCUUUUCACAAAAGCGACAAGAGCUUCUUGUUCUUCAUUGAGCAAUAGCAGCAGGCCACCUACUCAUCCAUCCCAUACCAAUGGUGCUACAAGUGCUUCUGGUUUCUCAAAUCAAACACCUUUGUUUGUUUGAAGUAAUCGUGUUCGAUUCGAUUGGUUUGUUGUUGGGAUGUAUGAUCUCGAUUCUGGGAUUUUAGGAUGGUCGAAAGGGCGUUUUGUGGAGGAUGUUUUUCAUGAAUCGUAUUCGUGUAUUUGAGUUACAAUACAAGACAAUCAUUUGUAUAUACUAAUGGAUUUGUUUAUGGGAAUUGAUUUGGGGUUA